GUCACUGUGACCUGUGAAAGAAGGACACUAAGAGAGCUUCCAAGUUUCCCUACUUAGAGGCUGUUUCUCCUUUAGCUGGAAGGCUCCACGAGUGAUGGACCCGUAUGUGAUUCAGAUGAAUGGCAACAGCAGCCUCCCCUCCGUUCUGGAUAUGCAUGUCAACAUUGGUGGGAGAGGCUCCUUACCAGAAAAAAGGAAAGGCAGGAAGGCCAGAUGGUCAGUGAAGCCUUCAGACAUGUCCAACAAAACUUUCAAUCCCAUCCGGGCCAUUGUGGACAGCAUGAAGGUGAAGCCGAAUCCAGACAAAACCAUGAUUGCUCUGUCGAUCGGGGACCCUACUGUGUUUGGAAACCUGCCUACAGACCCUGAAGUUACCCAAGCCAUGAAAGAUGCCCUGGACUCGGGGAAAUAUAACGGCUAUGCCCCCUCCAUUGGCUACUUAUCCAGUCGGGAGGAGAUUGCUUCUUACUACCAUCGGCCUGAGGCACCCCUGGAAGCUAAGGAUGUCAUUCUGACUAGUGGCUGCAGUCAGGCUAUUGAACUUUGUUUAGCUGUGUUGGCCAACCCAGGACAAAACAUCCUAGUUCCGAGACCUGGUUUCUCUCUCUACAGGACUUUGGCUGAAUCGAUGGGAAUUGAGGUCAAACUCUACAAUUUAUUGCCAGAGAAGUCUUGGGAAAUUGACUUGAAACAACUGGAAUCUUUGAUUGAUGAAAAGACAGCUUGUCUCAUCAUUAACAAUCCAUCAAACCCCUGUGGGUCAGUGUUCAGUAGAAGUCAUCUCCAGAAAAUUCUGGCUGUGGCUGCAAGGCAGUGCGUACCCAUCUUAGCUGAUGAGAUCUAUGGAGACAUGGUGUUUUCGGAUUCCACAUUUGAGCCUCUGGCCAGCCUCAGCAGUAACGUGCCCAUCCUGUCCUGUGGAGGACUGGCCAAGCGCUGGCUGGUUCCUGGCUGGAGGUUGGGUUGGAUCCUCAUUCAUGACCGAAGAGAUAUUUUUGGCAACGAGAUCCGAGAUGGGCUGGUGAAGCUGAGUCAGCGGAUCCUGGGACCCUGUACCAUUGUCCAGGGAGCUCUGAAAAGCAUCCUGCAUCGCACCCCUCAGGAGUUCUACCAAAACACCCUGAGCCUCCUGAAGUCCAAUGCUGAUCUUUGCUAUGGGGCCUUGGCUGCCAUCCCUGGACUCCAGCCAGUGUGUCCUUCCGGGGCCAUGUACCUCAUGGUUGGAAUUGAGAUGGAACAUUUCCCAGAAUUUGAGAACGAUGUGGAGUUCACAGAGCGGUUAGUUGCUGAGCAAUCAGUCCACUGCCUCCCAGCAACGUGCUUCGAGUACCCGAAUUUCUUCCGAGUGGUAAUCACGGUCCCCAAAGUGAUGAUGCUGGAGGCCUGUAGCCGGAUCCAGGAGUUUUGUGAGCUGCACUACCAUUGUGCUGAAGGGAGCCAGGAGGAGUGUGACAAAUAGGCCCAAGUCCAUUCUCUUGAGUAUGUGUCCCAUCCAGGGAGGGCUGGACUGGGCGUUGCUAUUCCUAAAGAGGAAUCAGAUGCCCCUACUGGGAGAGGGGCCUCAAAAGCAGAUCAAGGGUUCAGAAUUGCUCCUGCUUUCCCCCAACUAUGUCCACGUACACACACCGAAUCCCAGAAUCUCCUCCCACUUUACUCUGCUGGAGUGACUCACUAAUUCAGGAAUCUGCCCCCUCCUGUAUGACUUCCUCCUUUUUCCCUGAGAGUACUAGGUGAGCAAAAUUUACCAGAAAGUGGUAGAGACAAGAAAAGUAAAAAAA